UGCGCAAGAUGGCCGCUGUAGUAGUGCUUCUAGCGCUUCAAAUCGCGGCCGCAACUGCUGGAAAAUGUACCACUGGUUUCUCGGUCGUAGCACCGGAAGUAGCAGUACCUGGAAAGACUACAGCUGUACUUGUUACACUGCAUGGACGAGCUGGUGAUGAACUGGAUCCCUUGAAUGUUACCGUCAGACUGGAGACACAAGAUGCUGACAACGAUGUAAAGCUACUGACUACUGCGAGCCAGAUGAUUACAGACUAUGGAAUCAUUCUUCUCAAGAUACCAUCAUCGCCAGCCACUCACUGCACACUACAUACAACAGUGGGCUGUCUUGGGAAUGAUGACUGCACAGCUAAAAGCCACAGUGUCAUCAGGUUGCUUGGUCCCGUCAGGGAUGUAAUUGUCCGGCCUGCACGACAUCAUUACAGGCCGGGAGAGACAAUAACAUUCUGGAUUCUGGCUCUAGAUCACGACUUACGUUUAGUUCGAGAUGAACUAGCGUAUGUGGCGCUCAGUGAUCCAGCCGGUACCAAAGUCGCUAUAUGGGAACAGCUGUCUAUGAACGAAGGGGUCCGAAAACUAAGUGCUAUUUUGGCAACGGGAGCACGUUCAGGUACCUGGAAGAUUGAAGCGCGUUGUGGAGGCGGUUCAGCUCGAGUGGAACUUGUAGUGGGUGCUAAAGCUGGUAACUUGGCAUCAGCGGCACCUGCAGCUGAACAGCAUUACGUGGAGCUCAGAUUUGCUGAUAGCAUGCGUCGGCGGUAUAAGCCCGGGCUACCCUUUGUUGGACGGGUGGAAGCAAUGAGCACCGAGAAACGAGUUCGUGUUCGAGUUAAGUUGUACGACGACAAAACUGACAUCUAUAGUCAAGACAUCGAUAUGUCAACUGGAGAAGGAGGUUUUAUUGUACCAACUGUGAUGGCAGACGCACCUUACGUUAACUUGCAGGCGGAGCUAGUCGCUGUGGAAGGGAAAGAGAUAGAGACGCAUUAUGUCCUCGCCAAAGAGAGAAUUCGCCGUUGGAACUCAACAUCGAAGUGCUAUCUCUUGGUUGAGAACUUGCCGACUCCAUUGCAGGCCGGCGGAAUAGCAAGUGCAAGUGUAUGGUCAUCUUGCGGGUGCCGACAGCGCCUUCUAGCGGCUGUUACAAGUGGAGGACGAGCUGUACAUUGGGCGGCUGUACCUGCUCCUAUCCCUGCCAACAAUACUGACUUAUGCCGAUUCAAUUAUACAUUCCCAGUGACAGCAGACAUGGCGCCAGUCAGUUCUCUUCUCGUUUACUAUGUGACGGAGGCAGGCGAACCGGUGAGCGACGUCGCUAGCUUCCACGUCCGAUUACUGCAUAAAGAAGUAGCAGUUGCCAUAGAAGAGCGACGGUGGUGGUACCCGCGUGCGACCCUGCAGAUGAGGGUCCUUGCCCCUCAGGACUCCACCAUGUGUCUAAUUGGAGCUCGUGCACCACCUGAUACAAGAUUCGAUCCUCAUCAAUCAACUACGGAACACGAAGAGCAGCCAGGACCAGAGUUCGUGUCUGCUGGUGUGUCUCUCUUCGUCGGUGGUGGUGCCUGCGGUGGUGGGGUACUGUACAGGCAGAGAACAGCUCCAGCACCACAUUCGCCAGCUCACUUAGUACCACCAGCGUCCCACGACAGGCUUUGGAUGUGGAAAUGCUUCAAUUAUACAAAUCAACUGUCCACUGACGGUAUAACCAUCUCGGCACCUUCCGAAGCUGGUCGCUGGUCUUUAUGGGCUCUGUCAUUAUCGAACAAAGGUCUUCGAUUCUCAGCACCUCGUACAAUCAACGUCUUCCGGCCAAUCCAACUUGACUUCUCACUUCCUCCAGCUCUGAAAGUGGGAGAAACAGUUGAAGUUGAUGUGAAGAUAACGAAUAAUAUUAACAAUUGCAUGGAUGUAACCGCUCUACUGGCCCUUAGCGCAGGCGCAGCAUUUGCCAGCACCGGUGCUCUUUAUGUUACUGAGAGAUUGCGGUUGGGCCCGAGAGGUGGCACUCAACUCGUGGUCAGAGUGGCUGUGAAUACACCCGGAAGGAAAAACAUAACUGUGGAAGUCACCGGUUACAGUGCUGACAACUGCUCGGUUUCAUACACUUCAUUCAACAAUGAGACACUUGUCGGCUCCGUGAUCAGGUCUGCUAGCGUUCUCGUGCUGCCUGAGGGUUUACACAGGAGUGAUACACAGAGCGCGUAUUUCUGUGCAAAUGAACAUUUAGCUGUAUCGUCUCGUGGUUCCUGGGAAUGGGAAUGGGUGGCUGCGCCAAGGAACAGGGCUGGUCUGGUGUUGGAGCUGCGAUCACGGGGAGCAGCCCACGUCGCCUUGUCUGCUGUCAAAGAGCCUUCUGAUGAUAUGUAUAGAGUCGUUUUUGAGAGAAGCAGGGUGUGGAUCGCUAAAGGAAGACAUGGGUACGAUGUGCAUUUAGCGAGUGCAGAACAAACGGAAAACGAUGAAGAGUGUUCGGGUGCAGACUCUUGGUGCGCUUGGUGGGUUUGGUGGGAAGGAGGCAGAUUGUCCGUGGGACGAGGUGCCGCUCCAUCUGAAAGAAGACUCCUUGUCUGGCCAUUAUCAUCUGACAUGAGGAUCAAAUAUGUAGGCUUCAGUGCUUUAUGGGGAGAUAAAGCUGACUUUAGAAUAUGGAACUUCAACGAAGAAGCAGGCUUCUCCCAAGUUCUUGAGUUAGGUCUUCCACGAGGUGUGGUCCCCGGCUCGGCAAGUGGAACUCUAUUAAUUUCAGGAGGUCUCCAUCUACCUCUAUAUAGUUUUCAGACAGAUUCAACUGAUCAGUGGUCAGAAGUGUGGAGGGAUUCCCAAUUGUCGGCAGCAUCGGCCAGCUUGGCUCCUUUAUUGGCAUUAGAGCACAUUCCGCAUUUGGUAGAUGAUACUGAAAGAGAGAAAAUUUUGAAGAAAUUACCGGAACAGGUUCAAGUACUCCUUUCAUUCCGUAAAAGCGACAAUUCAUUCAGCGAUCAUCCAGCAAUGAGCAGUCAUUUAUCUACAGUUAAAAUUUUAGAAAUCUUGACAAAAAUACAAUCAUACUACCCAAUUGAUCCCGAUUUGCUGCAAAAUAUCAAAAAGUGGAUCCAAGGUCGGCAAAAUAACGAUGGAUCGUUUUCUCCGUUGGCUGCUGAUAAAGAAGUAGAUUACUAUCCUGUAGAAAUAAAGAAAAUUAAUGGAACUGAUAAAGAUAUAGACGUUAACGAGUAUUAUUAUUACGACAAAGAUGGAAACAUGACUCAAGAAGAAAUUGAAUGGGAGAGAACAGUGGAAGUUACUGCUGAAACAUUGGUUGCCUUGUUGGAAGUUGGAGUAGAGAGUCAGAUGGAUGCAGAUAUUGCAAAAAAAGCCCAAAGUUAUUUAGAGAAGAAUCUGUAUAACUUGACUUCACCUGCUGCUUUAGCCGCUACUGUAUUGGCUCUUGUACUAGCAAGGAGCCCGGUAGUACCGGAAGCAUUGGUGAUCCUGAGAAAUGCGUCAACUACGGAAGAAGGGGAGUUUGGAUGGCCUGCUCCUAGAAAAGAUGCUGCCGAUUGGCUUCUUGAAGAAACAUCAAGGAACAUCAAAAUGACAUCUUAUGAAGCAGUAACAAUGGAGCAGUAUGUUGCUGGUGUUCGUGUACUAUUAGCUGCAUGUGCUCGAGGCGCACUCGCUGAAGGAGAAGCGGCUGCAAGAUUUUUAUACUAUCGAGCAUCGACAUUACAAAGGCAUCCCAGUCUUGCUUAUAGUGCUACUAAAGCAGCAGCACAGUACGCCGCAUUAGCACAUGACAGACACCGAGCAUUAACAGUCUCUCUGGCGACUGCAGGCAUGGAAUUAACAGAUACAUUAGAGCUCCGAGCUCGUACUUCACCCAGACUACUUCAGUUACCAGGAUUGCCUACUAAAGUGUUUGUAUACGCUACAGGAGCUGGCUGUGCUACAGUGCAGGGAACGAUAUCCUACUCAACUUAUACACCGAAACCGGAGAAUGCUUUAUUGAAUAUCCAAGCAGCUAUCAUUGAAGAAAUCAGGCCUGAAAGGAGUAGUAUAGAAGAUCUACAAGGAAAUUUACCAACAUUGAUUAUCAAGACCUGCUUCAAAUGGAAGGGAAAAGAGCGUUCAGGUAUUCUACGAUUGGAAUCUUCGCUGUUCUCCGGAUACGAAUUGCAUUCCGUAAAUCCAGUAGUACUUGAUGGGGCCACUUUUGCUGAUUUACAUUAUGGUUCAAGGGGUGAAUCUGUCUGGUUCGUUUUUGCCAAUAUUAGUUCAACGUGCCCUGUAUGUGUCACAUAUGAAGCAAGAUCGAAGUUCAUCAUUACUAGUUUAAGACCAGCAUUUACCAAAAUUUAUCCAGCAACUCGGCCUGACUUAGCUGUUGAAACUUUCUUCCAUGCAAGGCCUGGAAGCCCUCUACUUAGAGGUAUUACUGAUGACGAUUUCAUUACAUGGUUUGAUAAAACUGAACUUGCAAGUCUCAAAACUACUACAAAUAUUGAUAAUAUUUGUGAGUGUGGACGUAUUUGUAGCAGAGAUUAUGAGUUUAGAAAACAUAUUGAAACAAAACAUGGUAAAGUACCAAAUGUUACAAAUAUUGGAACUACUGAAACUCCUCAAAGUUCAAAUGUAAGAGAAAUGGAAUUAACUAGUACUCCAAUAAGUGUAACUACAAGUACGACGCAAAAGUCAACAAUUGCAGAAAUUACUGUUACCACCACCAAUCCGACUUUUACCAUGUCUAUUUCUCACAUUAAAAAAGAAUUUACAAGCACAACUUAUAAUAAUGUAACAAAGAACACAACGUUCGAGAAACACAGUUACGAUCCAAUUAUUAUUCCUACUGUAACUGUUAUAAAUCAAACCAAUACUUCGAAAGUCGAUAAUAAUAUUGUGCCAUUGUUACCCAAAGUUAAUGGAGAAUUGGUAGUACAAAAACAAUAUACACCUAAAUUAGCAUCGAAAAAAGAAGACAUUAAGAAAAAACCUCUUCCAAGACGCAAAGGUACACUCAAAGCUGUUUAUGGUGAUAAACAAGAGAAAUUCUUUGUAAAAGCUAAUGCAGUUACCAAUGUUUCAAUGAGUCAUAAAGUCAAUAGAACUAAACUGAAAAUAAAUAAAUUGUUAGUUCAUAAUGAAUAUGUUCAAAAUAAUACUGAUUUAUUUAAUGAUAGCAAUCAAAUAAAUCCUUUACCAAAAAUUGACAAAAACCAAUCAUCAGAAGCGCUACAUAAAAAUGAUUCUAAUGUAACUAUAUCUCACAGUUCUCAUUUUGAAGUAACUGGUAUAUCUCAUUCGAUUACAGCUAUAACAAAUAACAACAUUAAAACGAUCCAUAGAAUAAAAAAACCAGAACUAACGAAUCAAAUAAACAAACCGAUAGUGCAAGCGCAUUACAAUGUAACGAACGAUGCUAAAAAUGACACUGUACAUUCUGAGAUAAAAUUAAAUAAAACUAAAAUGAAACAUGUGAGCCCAGACAAAUACAUCACAAAACCAUUGAAGUCCAUAAAUAAGGAAAUACACAAAUUGCCACCAACACCUAUAUCUGAAACUUCAAAAGUUUUAACUGAUCCCCCUAAAUUAGAUAUUGCACCCGAAAAUAGAGGUGGUUUCGAAUUAUUGGACAAAAAUAAUAUAUGGGAGCUUCUUAAAGAAGGCCCAGAUACGGAAGUCUCAAAAAUAGAAGAUAAGUUACAAGUGCAUAACAGAUUAAAUACAUUAUCACAAAACGUGUCAAAUAUAGCGCAAAAUGAUAAUCGUUCAUUAUAAACUUUAUUGUUAUGUAUUAUAUAAGACACAAAGACUUCAGUAAAUAUUUUUGUAACACAUUCACAACACGAAACCUGUACUGAAUUACAAAUUGUUAAUAUUCAAAAUCGUAACACGACAAUUCCUAAGCACACUAAUUGUUGGUUGUUAGAACAAUGUACUGCACUUGUUUGUGUAAUUUAUUAGUUACGAUUGGGUGUUUGUAAAUAAUAAAUUAAGCUCUAAAUAUAGAUCUAAUUUUAAGAUAUGCGCUGUGACUACCAUUGUGUGUUUUAUACCCAAUUGCUCAAAAUCAGUAAACUUUUUCUCAUUUGAUGUUUCACUGAAGUUUUAAUACAUAAUUACUUAAGUAGCAUCUCGCUUGAGUAGAUUUAAAGAGAUUAUAAUGUUAUUAUGUAUAGGCUGCAACAAAAUGCCUUUAUGUGGCAUUGUCUUAAUGCAAGGAAUAGUGGCUUGAUUUGAAUUGCUUGAAAGAGAGUAGUAAAAGCGGAAUUAAAUUUAGAAGUGCUAGAAGAGCUGCUAAGUUUAGUACGAUAGCUACCUUUUAUUUGUGUUUACUUCAUUUUACUAGUCCUAGUAUUGUUCUGUGGUGGGUUAGUAGCUCUUAUUAAACUAAGAUUGUUGUUUUUUAUAAUACAAUUAUUAGUUGUGUAAAUAAUUUUACACGAGAUGCCAAAUCGUAAAUUGUAUACCCUUAAUAAUAGUUUUCUCCUACGUUCUCCUAGAUAAUAAUGAUUUACCCUAUAGUAUAAAUAGUAAAACCUAGUGUUCUUUAGAGUUAUAACUUAAUGCUAAUGCCCCAGAAUUUCCAUCCGUCUAAUCUAUCGUCUUCUGUAUCUAUUAUAAUGUAAAUUGUAGUCUCUUACUGUAGCUGUCUAGAUGUCUUAUCAGUUUGCUUUACAUUGUAGAUAAGAGGUUUGUUUGUUUUAUAAUUAAUAUAUUGGUUGCUAGGUUUGCUAUCAUUUUCAUUGUUCACAAUUUUCAGCUGUCCUAUAUAAUUUCAAUCAUUUUUAAUAUUAGUGUUUUUUUAUUACACUCCUAAACUAUUACCAAUUUAAGAUUUAGUACAUAAUUUUAGUGAAACUUAAUUUAUUUUAGAUAUUUUGGUAACUAUGUAUUCUUCAUAAGGGCAAUAUAUUUCUUGUUAUAUAUUUCAACUUAUUAGUUAUUUCUAACGAUUACAUUAUUACUAUUCAUUAUUAGCGGUCAUUGAAAUGAGGGUUUCUAAUUAAAUAUAUUUAGAUUUAAUAUUAUAAAUUUUGAUUGAAACGAGUAUAGUUCAUUUAUUAAGUUAUUAAAUAAUUAAAAUUAUUUUAUUGGAUUACCUAAUAAAAUUCAUGCAUUAUUAUUUGUGAGCUUCUGAAACAGUUAU